AUCAGGUGAAGAGGAAGAUCCUCGUCCUGGACCUGGACGAGACCCUCAUCCACUCGCAUCACGACGGGGUCCUCAGGCCCACCGUGAGGCCGGGAACCCCCCCUGACUUUAUUCUGAAGGUCGUCAUAGAUAAGCACCCGGUCCGUUUUUUUGUACAUAAGAGGCCGCACGUCGACUUUUUUCUAGAAGUGGUNAGCCAGUGGUACGAGCUCGUAGUCUUCACAGCCAGCAUGGAAAUCUAUGGCUCGGCUGUAGCCGACAAGCUAGACAAUAACAGGAGCAUCCUCAGGCGGAGAUACUACAGGCAGCACUGCACUUUGGAGCUGGGCAGCUACAUCAAAGACCUUUCGGUGGUCCACAACGACUUGUCCAGUAUUGUCAUCCUGGACAAUUCUCCGGGGGCCUACAGGAGCCAUCCAGAAAUUAACAAGCGGAUAACGGAGGAGCAAGCGCGGAAAGCCUUCGACAGAGCUACCAAGCUGGAGCAGGAGUUUACAGAAUGCUUUUCAGGACUGGCCCAUUUAAACGAGACAGAGGGAAUCAGGGCUCUCUUCGACUACGACAAGACCAAGGAUUGUGGCUUCUUGAGCCAAGCGCUGAGUUUCCAUUUUGGCGACGUGCUGCACGUCAUCGAUGCCUCCGACGAGGAGUGGUGGCAGGCGCGGCGCGUCCAUCCGGAUGGCGACAGUGACGAGCUUGGCUUCAUUCCCAGCAAGAGGCGGGUCGAGCGACGGGAGUGGACGCGGUUAAAAGCAAAGGAUCGGGGCCCUGGAUCAGGCUCUCAAGGUCGAGAAGAUGCCGUGUUGAGCUACGAAACUGUCGUGCAAAUGGAAGGGCAAGCACUGCAUUUUGGACGUAUCCGCCAACGCCGUCCGGAGGCUUCAAGCCGCUCAGCUUCAUCCCAUCGCCAUUUUCAUCCGACCUCGCUCCCUCGAGAAUGUUUU